ACGCAACCGCGCUGUCGCCUCCUGAACCCGGAAGUGCGUCCUCUCUCCGCGGGAGUGCCGAGGCAAGCCGAGCCCAGCCCAGCCGGUGGCGGGGAGAUGGCGGCCGCGGCGGAGCUGCAGGGGAAGUACCAGAAGCUGGCUCAGGAGUACUCCAAGCUUCGAGCCCAGAACCAAGUGCUGAAAAAAGGGGUUGUAGAUGAGCAAGCAAACUCUGCUUCUCUGAAGGAGCAACUGAAGAUGAAGGAUCAAUCACUGAGAAAACUGCAACAAGAAAUGGACAGCCUGACCUUCCGAAAUCAGCAGCUUGCCAAGCGGGUGGAGUUACUUCAAGAUGAGCUUGCAUUAAGUGAAGCUAGGGGCAAGAAAAACAAGAAAAGUACAGAAUCCUCGUCUCAGUUGAGUCAAGAGCAGAAAAGUGUCUUCAAUGAAGAUCUUCAGAAGAAGAUAGAGGAGAAUGAACGACUACAUAUACUCUUCUUUGAAGCAGAUGAGCAGCACAAACGUUUAGAAGCAGAGCUGAGAAGUAGACUGGACGUUUUGGAAACUGAUGCUGCCCAGCACCAAGCUGUGGUGGACAGUUUAACAAGGAAAUACACAGAUACCAUAGAAAAGCUGCAGAAUGAUAAAGCCAAAUUAGAAAUCAAGUCUCAGACACUAGAAAGAGAAGCUAAGGACUGUAGGCUUCGAACCGAAGAAUGCCAGCAACAGUUAAAGAAUCUUCAAGCAGCUUUGGGCAGUAGACUGGAAGAAUCUCUGUGCAUAAUCAAUGAAAAAGUACCUUUUAAUGACACAAGAUCUAAUCGAUACAAUGCUCUGAAUGUACCAUUACAUAACAGAAGAUACCAGCUGAAGUUGCGAGACCUUGCUGGCCAGGCACUGGCUUUUGUUCAAGAACUUGUAACAGCUCUUUUGAACUUCCAUACAUACACUGAGCAGAAGGUACAGAUCUUUCCCAUUGAUUCUGCAACAGACAGUAUAUCACCGCUAAAUCAGAAGUUCUCACAGUAUCUUCAUGAAAAUGCUUCCUAUGUUCGCCCUCUGGAGGAAGGAAUGCUCCACUUGUUCGAGAGUAUUACAGAAGACACUGUGACAGUCCUGGAAACGGCUGUGAAAUUGAAGGCCUUCUCAGAACAUUUAGCUUCCUACUUAUGCUUUUUAAGAAAGAUUCUUCCGUAUCAGUUAAAAAGUUUGGAAGAAGAGUGUGAGUCUUCUCUUUGCACAGCUGCUUUAAGAGCUAGAAAUAUGGAGCUGCACAGAGACAUGAAAAGGUUGACUGCAGUCUUUGAGAAGCUACAUACAUACGUUAGUCUUCUUGCAUUACCAAGUACAAAACCAGAAGGACUUCUUAGGACAAAUUACAACUCAGUGUUUACAAACAUUGCUGCAAGUCUUCAUGGAUUUCAUGACCUUUUAAAAGAUAUUUCCAAGGACUACAGUCAGAAAGCUACUUUAGAACAAGAUGUUCCAACGGCCACACAGAAACUCAUAACUACAAAUGACUGUAUUUUAUCCUCUCUUGUGGCUUUAACAAAUGCAGUGGGCAAGAUUGCCUCAUUCUUUAGCAACAACUUGGAUCACUUCACUACUUCGUUGAGCUAUGGCCCCAAAGGAGGAACAGAGUUCAUCAGCCCUCUGUCAGCGGAGUGUAUGCUGCAGUACAAAAAAAAGGCGGUUGCUUACAUGAAGUCUCUGAAGAAGCCUUGUGCAGAUUCAGUGCCUUAUGAAGAGGCUUUAGCCAAUCGCAGGGUUCUUCUCAGUUCCACAGAAAGCAGAGAAGGUCUUGCACAACAGGUCCAGCAGAGUUUGGAGAAAAUUGCAAAACUUGAGCAAGAAAAAGAACACUGGAUGCUGGAGGCCCAGCUAGCUAAAAUAAAGCUAGAGAAAGAAAACCAAAAACUGAAGAACUCUCUUAGUGGACAUUUAACUGAAACUAUACAAGAGCAUUCUGUUUUGCCAAAUGUAGCUGAACAAAAGAAGGAAGCCACAGAAAAGAGUCUGAAGGAACCUAUUAAGAGUACUAGUCUGAUUGGAAUGUUGACUAUAACUACCGAUAAUGAAAAGGCUCCAGAUACAGAGUCUCGUGAAGAUCUGAUAAAAACCCACUAUAUGGCAAGGAUAGCAGAACUUACAUCUCAUCUGCAGCUUGCUGACAGCAAAUCGGUACACUUCCAUGCUGAGUGUCGAGCACUUGCCAAAAGGCUGUCUUUAGCGGAGAAGUCCAAGGAAUCGCUCACGGAGGAGUUGAAACUAGCUAGUCAAAACAUCAGUAGAUUACAGGAUGAAUUGAUGACGACAAAGAGAAGUUAUGAGGAUCAGUUAAGUAUGAUGAGUGACCAUCUCUGCAGUAUGAACGAAACCUUAACUAAGCAAAGGGAAGAAAUCGAUACGCUAAAGAUGACGAAUAAGGGAAAUUCUAAGAAGAGCAAAAAUCGAUAGCUCACAGCUAAUCAACUGUCUUCGGAAGCUGCUGCUGCACAGGAUGUGGAUAGUGACUUUUCAUUGUCCAAUUCCUGUUUAUUCCAGGAAGCAGAGGGUCGUAUUGGGUCUAGUAAAAACUGAUUUGGUGCUGUAAAUGGCUUUAAAAUACUUAGAACUUGAAACAAAUAAAACAGAACUUAAUGUUGGCUCUAAACCAGGAAUUACACACUCUGUGGAUAAUUUAUAUAGUAAUUACCUUCGGUUUUUACUGUGCACUUUUUAAAACCAGGUCUUAUUUUGAUGUAAUAACUUCAGAUUUUGUAUAUUUUCAAAUAUGAUUAUGCAUUAACAAAUUUGAAUCAGUGCAGUAGUUGUCUAUUUUUGAGUUAUAGGUUAAAUUGUCAACAUGUGUACAUUCCUUUACUUAUUAAUAACAGUAUAAAAUUAAUUUUGAGACUUUUCUGGCCAUGCAAGCUGUGCAGUUACUGUAAAUGUAUUAUUCCUGUUCUCAGCCCUUUUGAAUUAAUUGGAAUUGUGGCUUUAAAUGAUUUCUAUGAAUGCACAGAAGUAAGUGGGAUAAUUAUUUCAGACUGCAGUAGUGGAAGCUUUUGCUGCUUGUAUUUGGCACUUUGGUUUUUGAAGUAAAGAGCACAACUAGCUGAACUGGGAUACUUCUAUGAAAUUGCUUUAAGCCCUUACUUAGGCAUUUUGUUUACACAUGUAUGUAUAUAUAUUGGUUGGAAUAGCUGUUUAAAGCUAGAGGAAAUUGUGAUCGUAACUUGCCCCAAAGGAGUGAAACGGUAUGUGUGUAGAAUAGGUCAGCUUACUGUGCUCUCUUACAGUAAAGAAUAAUAUGAAAUACGUAGAAGAUUUAAACACUGAAUUUGUGAAAAGUCUUUAUGGACUGAAGUCCUGAUGGAUUCACUGGAGGGUGAUGCACAUGGCUUUUCCUGUGUUUUGGGAAGUUUGUGAACUUUAGGCCUUUCCUAAGAUUCUCUUUUUUAAAGUGAAGUCUAAUACUACAGGUUUUCACAGCAUUUUUUUUUCUAUCAGAUGCUGUGCUGCUCCCCGCUUUACACUGAUCUUCUGUUCCAUAAUUUGCAUUAUGGCACUUACUUGUUCCAUAAGGGUUUACUCUGAUAUCAGCUGUGUCGAUAUGUAUUAUUAGGACGUAAUAAUAAAAUCAACUAUGUUGAAAUCAGCUUGACAUUUUUCUUAAUUCUGCUUAUACCCAGGUUGCACAGUGUGGUACUGUGGUGAGGUGUAGCAGCUAUUCCCAGUGAGGUGAGCAUAAGUAACUAGACUAGUCUAGUUACUCUUAGUAGUGCUUCUCUGUCUGAGCCAGGCUGCUUUUCUGUACCUAAAUGUUGCAGUGUACGCAGAGUCCACACUGCAUUUCUCACCUUGACUCCUGAAAGGCAAACAAGCAUCUGUUCUGUAUUGAUCGCAGCUGCGGAACUGCUCUGAUACAGGUUUUGCCUUUUAAUGACAAAACAGAUGCAGUUUAUGAAACUGGAGAGGAGAUGGGGUGAGCCUGCAUGGUUUCUUACUAGUAUCAUGUGGAAUUAAGAGCUACGUGGUAGUGCCAGUGAGGGUUGGGAAGUGUUUACUUGCUCUAAGCAUUUUAUUGAAGCAGAUACAGCGUCAGCUGUUUCAGUUAGGGGUGGAAGCUAACUGCUUUCUUCCACUUCUUGUGAAGCUGCCUUUUUUGAGGGCUUUCAUUGUGCGGUGAAGGUACUAAUUCAGUUAUCUUACUCUAACUUUCUGAAUUGAAUUGCUGAACUUGUUACUGAUGCUACUUCUCACAGGUGGCUGCAUUCUGGUCUGAGUAAAAACAUGCUUUGAAGAUUGAAUGCUUAAGAAUGUGCAUUAAAAAGUUAGAUGUGUCUGUUAUCUCAGAUUGUUUUUGCAAUAGAGUAUACCCCCAAUGUCAAAACUGGAAUUAGUAUAGGCAUUUAGGUACAAUUCCAUUGUAUGUUUAUCAGCAUUUUCUCCUUGCAGUGUUUAUUUAAAAAUGUCUUUGUGUGGCCCCCUCACCAAUCAGCAGUAAACAUGCUCAAGAAGAGACAAUUUUGAUCACUUGAGCUGCCUUCAGUUUUUCAAGGAAAUGCUUUCAAGUAAGUUCUGAGCAGUCGUAAACUAUCAAUACACAAAAAUAGAACCUUAGAAAAACAUUUAAAAUAGUGUUUUGAAUACUGUUGUAGUAAUGCUGUGAUGGGGUGUAGUAUAUUACUUUUAACUCGGUGGCAUUAGAAACUGGAACAAGUGAAAAUGCCCAGCUAGCUUGUGCUCACCCGCUAACCAGGUCGUUCUCAGUUUCUGAAUAUCUUAAAUGCUUUUAAAUAUCAAAAUGGUUACGGAACAAAGCUGUGCUAUUAAAAAGCUGAAGGAUGUAUUCAAUGUUGCAGUGAAGAAUUUGUCUCUUGAGUCCAAGUUCUCAAGAAAAACGAAUUUUAACUACUUUGUCUUUAUGAAAUGGUCUGUGCAGGUUAUUAUGGAAAGCACAAAAUUUGGACAAAGAAGUUGUACUAAUACUGGAAUUAAUGUUCAAAAAUUUACAGUGUAAAUACUUCCGAGUUGAUUAAUCAGGAAACUAAUGACAAACUUGUAAAGUAGGAAAAUCUCUAGAACAAUAAUGUAAAACUAGUGUUAAAGAAAAA